GUGAUUUGACAUCUCGGCCACGGUUUGGCCUGUCUGCACCUGGCCGUUCUUGUCGAUAACAUUGCUAACAUAUCGCUUAUGUUACCUGGUUUCCGCAAAAUUGUCGACGAUGCACUGGCCCACAAAGGGUGGAUUCGGGAAUGGUUUUAAAUAUUUGAGGGAGCAGUAUCGCGACAACGUCAAAACAAACCUGACAACGCAUUGCGAGUCUCCAUUGCGGAAGUUUUUUAAAAUGAGAGUAUUCGAACUCAACGACUACAUCAUCAAGUACAAUUAUUUCAACAAUUUGUACGGUUUGAUCGAAUUCGAAUUGCCAUACUACGACGAUGAAGAUAUAAAAAAUGCCAUCAAUUAUACUUAUCGUUGUCGAAACACCGCAAUUGGCGACGUUGAACGUGAUAUACGAUUGGAUGAACUAUUGGAUGAAUUGCGUUGGUUGGCAAAUAAAAAACUUUAUCGUUGUGCCGAUGUGCACCGACGCAUUGUACUGCAUUCUAGCAAGUGCAAAAUUAGAUGUUGAGAAAAUUCUCAAAAUUGUGCACAAUAAAAAGGAAUUCGAUUCUCAAAUUUGUUCCGAUGGCGUAUCUGUAUCGUUGAUGUACAAAAAACUGAAAGUACCACUAGUCGAGAAAACAGAUGACGAAAUCAAGAGCAAGCUGAUCGUAAUCGAAUUGCAGCUAUGAUUGGUGAAAUGCCAUCGCCAAAAGGACCAUCAUGACGUUUGUACAUUGAACAUCGUUUACGUGUAAUGAAUGAUGGCAUUGAAACAUAUUCGACCAAACAGUAUGCACGCUUGGGACUGGACAAGCAUAUCGAAUCGGUUCGUGCAAUCGACAAGACGGCAUGCAAAAUGCUUCACAAUCAACCAUCAAUUUUCUACAUGGGAGCCAGCGGAUCAACACCAGCCAAUUCGCCGAUUAAGAUCAAGAAACAUGUGCGAUGUCCAGGCACACGGAAGCUGCUUGCAGCCAUUAUGAAACGUGGCAAUUGCAUCAUUCGAAUGGUCGAUGAGUACAUGACAUCACAACAUUGUCCAUUGUGUUUCAAACGAUUUCCACAAGCAACUCGAGGCGAUCGAUACAAGAAAUGUGUGGAUUGUGUACCAAAUCCAGUUGUUGGCUUACCAACACUCAUUGUAACCAAUGUGAGCAAACGAUUACUACAAAUGCGACGAACAAUUGAACGAAUGUGGCGCGAGAUGCGAGAUAUGGGCGAUGUCAUUGCUGCAACUCUUCGAGAUGGAUCGAAUGCAGGUCGGUUGGUGUCAAAGAAGCAACGCUUCUACAAAACAUGGCUACCAAAUGUUGCAAACGUUGAAAUCGAGGAAGCUGCCGGAGCACAACCAACGCUCACAACUGUGGUGUUCAAGCGGACAAUUCAUCCAAAUGUACGGAGACCACGCCAUGUUGACAACAAUCAGCCAUUGCCGUUGUAUCGAGGUCAGAAUCAGAAUUUCAACAAUGAACAUCUGCAGCCGCAGUAGUAGCAACCCUCAUUCAACAACAACAACA